ACUUCGAUGAAAAAACUUGCAUGUACAUAGUAAUUGCGAGCAAGGUCUCGCCAACAACUGGCAGCAAAGAAUACGAUGUAGGGGUCAAGUCUGACAAAUUGGGCCGGGAAGAUGCGAAACUGCAGUUGUCCAAAAACAAACCCGUGAAAUUCACGCCACGCUCCUUAAAUGCGCAGUUCAAAUCGCCACUCAUAACUACUGAUUCGGAAUCGGUUCAAAGUCUCCGAUUCGGGCCUUCUGACUAUGGCCCUUCUUCAUUCUCCUCUGCUUCUAACGACGUUGCAGCUGGGCCAUCUGAUAGCUCUCCAAACACUGCUGUAUCGGACACCAUUCCAAACCCGUCAAGCAAGAAGAGAACUCGGGCUCCACCAAAGCGAAAUACCAAAAGGGGUAGAGCUCUCGAUUUGACCAUAGCCGAAUAGUACACUCUAUUGAAUGCCCCAGCCCCUCGUAUUUUGACUUCGGUAGAUGGAAUUUGUUUUUAGUUUCACACACCAAACAAUUAUUUCAAAGUACAUGCAAUUUCUUUACAAAUCAUGCAGUUGUGGGUUGUGCUCUUCUGGCAUUGGCAAAAUUGUUUUUCCGUGAAUUUCGUAUUCCGAGUUGUUCAACAUUCUCUUUAAGAUCUAUUGUACGCAUUUCUAUACGUAUUGUUAUUCAAUCCUCAUCUAUAUGAUUUGUUCAGUAAUACAAAGUUGUAUUCUCAAUCCAU